UCUAGAAAAAUCCUUAUACCUCCCAAUGGUGAAAGGCAUUAACAAGCUAACAAAGCUCAAGUCAAUUCUCAAGAAGCUAAACUCACUCAACCACAAGCAAAGCGGUCCGCCGUCGACCUCCGUAGUGGCGGCUUCCGACGUCUACGAAGAAUCAUCAUCAUCAUCAUUGGAUGUCAACCUCCAGCCCGUCUACGUAGGAAAAUCCAAGAGACGGUAUCUCAUCAGCUCCGACGUUGUCGAGAACCCUCUGUUCCGCGAACUCGCGAAACGUUCGGGUGAAGACGAAGACGAUGUCAUCAAGGUGUCGUGCGAGGUGGUCUUGUUCGAUCACUUGCUUUGGAUGCUCGAAAAUGGUGAUCCUGAGCCCGAGUCUUUGGCGGAGCUGGUCGAGUUUUACGCUUGUUGAGAUGUUGCUUUGGCAACUUUGGUGAUCGGAGAACGGUUCCCAUAUGGUCGUUCUUAUGGUACACAGAUUUGUACACUAUGUUAAUAAU